ACUCAUCAAAUUUUGCAGUGAAACACGCGACGCCUCAGCCCCCUUUCUUCGGUACCCUCCGCCGACCAUACAGCAAGUCGACGCCGCCGUGGUCGUGUGCUCGCUGUCUUCUCCUCAGAAACAUAAGAAUUAGUUUUCUCUGUCCACCAGAAUGCCACGGAAACCAAAAAAGCAUAACCACUCUUUGAGACGUCGGCUAGUUACCUUUUCCCCAUUUGGUCGGUCGAAAGCCAUGGCUACUCGGAGUCGGAUGGCCACAAGAGGGGUUGAGAAACCCGAGCGACAAAAUAAAGAUUUAGCAACCUCUUCCCUUAAUGGAUUCAAAGACAAUAUGAAAGAUAAAAUCCAGCAGUCUGACUCUUCUGAUGAUGAGGAAUUUGAGGGGGAUGUUCAAGCAGAUUUUGUUUUCUUUGAUCCAAAGCCUAGUGAUUUCCAUGGGGUGAAGGUCCUCUUGCAGACUUACCUUGAUAACUUACAGUGGGAUCUGAGUGGAUUUGUCGACUUAAUAUUGGGUCAACCGACUGUUGGCACUGUAGUCAAGAUUGAGAACGACGAAGAUGAUGGAGUAUAUUCUGUUGUUUCUGCUCUCAGUUUAGAGAGAUAUAAGGAUAACAAAUGUGUGCUUGAACUCAAGGAUUUCUUGCUUAAAGUGUGCCAGGAUACGGAUGUGUUGGGAAAACUCAAGUCUUUAGUUGGAGAGCAUGCUCAACAUGUUGGUCUUUUAGUAUCACAGCGUGUUGUAAAUCUCCCACCUCAGCUUUUGCCUCCACUUUAUGAUGGUCUCUUUGAUGAAGUUGGGUGGGCUACAGAAGAUGAGCCUACCAAAGAGCUCCGGAGUUCCUUCCGCUUCAAAUUUUAUCUAAUAAUUAGCAAAAUUUACAAGCACAAAAAUGCAGAUCAGAACAGAGGGACUCUGAAAAAUGGAGAAGAAAGUGUGAUUUUCAACAGACCUGAAGAUGAAAUUUUCUUUGAGCUUAGCUCAUGGUCAUUCAGUUUUCGCCUACAUGCACAGCAGGUUACUGCUAAUGAGAUGCAGCUGAAGAACUAUCGGCCGAUGGGUUUAGUGAUGGCUGUUGAAGCUUGUAAGAUAUCAAGUUUCAGGGAACAGUUGCAUUUGUUGAUAGAUGAAUGAUAUCAUGUGAGGUUUCAGCAGUCUCUUGUGUUGUAUGGUUGUUUCUCGUUGACUCUCAGUGGGGUACUACGAAUAGUUGUUCGACAUUUCAAGUCUGCAAAGAUAGAUGCACCGAAGAACGGGCAGACCUCUACAAGUUGAAAUGUGCCUUUUAUUGCUUUUUAAUCGAAAGAAAUUUUGGUUAGUCAGAUGUUUGUGUUCAUCCUGUUUUGGAUUUGAGCGUUUAUAUCUGCGAAUCUCUUGGUAAGCUACGAGUUGCCGAUGCAAAUUGCACUGAUCUCUCUGCUCACAGACAGCACAGCAGUAUGGAUUUGUUUAUUCAUGCUCAAAUUUUAUUAAUUUAACCAAAUAUUUAGUCA